CAGUACUUACUCUCCAGUAUAGUCGUACUAUAUUGAUGGCCUGGUGUAUAUUUUAUUAUAAAUAUAGUUUCUUUGUGUUAUUGCAUAAAAUAAUAAUUUAUUUAAAAAAAACUAGUGAUCGUGGAAUAACAUUUAUAUUAACUAAUUUAUAAGUAUAAACUUUUUACUAAAUGUAAAUCUAAAAUUCUUGCAUUAUAUAGCUAUUUUAUUAAUAGUUAUUUAUUAAAAUAGUUAUUUAAAAUUCUAUAUGCAACUAUCCGUAACCCAAAAAGGUCGCAAAGGAUCUGUAAUUUCUAGAGAAUCUGUAAGUCUAGUCUCGUUUUGCUUAGCCGGUACGUGGUCAAAGAAACAACUAUUUUCACGAUCGUUCCAAAAUAGCUUAGGUAACCAAAUAUUCUUUGAAGUUGUUGAAUAUUUUGGCACUCAACAUAGGAAAACAUACAUUACCCGUAUCAAAAUUCAGUUUAUUCAAACCUUAAAGCAGAGUCAUUCAAAAUGUAAUAAACUGUUUAUUAAAUUUAGGAAAUGCCGCAAUUAAUUCGUAGAUUGACAGAAAUAUUCACUAUGAAUAUCACCAUGGUAAUGAAUGUUAGCAUUAUACUCUUUACAAUCGUAGAAUCAUACGUAUUCCCAUUUGCGAUUAUAAAAUGGAUGGUCAUCGUGACGCAAUGGGGAGGACUGUUACCUAUUAUAAAAGGUAACCUUGCACGUCAUAAACCCCUACGGUCGCUGUACAAAUACAAUUUGCGACUUAUCACAUCAAGAAGUUUAUCCAAGGGGAAUACUUAUGAAAAUGUAUCCCACGUAAGUGUUGUUGUGGAAAGCAAUAGUGAUAUCCCAAGCGGCGGUGAGAGAAUGCAGUUAAGCUAUUGUGGUCAAGAUUGCAACAGGAUACCCACCGCACUACAGAAAAUGUAUGGUCCUAAAGUGAAGUAUUUGGAUUUGAGCUACAACAGUAUCGAGACUCUGAAGGGCUUGGAGCAGUUCAACAGAUUGGAAGAACUGAUACUGGACAACAAUAAAUUAGGGGACAAUGUGACUUUCCCUCACCUACCGCAUUUAAGGACACUAUCGCUCAAUAACAAUCAGAUAACCGACCUAGAAGUACUGAUUAACAAAGUGAAUGAACACUUUCCGUCACUCUCGUACUUGAGUCUACUCAGCAACAAAGCAUGUCCGAAUCAACUUUCGGACUUAGACAAAGAUGAGUCCGAUUACCAGCGAUACAGGUACUUUGUAAUAUACAAAUUACCCCUUUUGCGAUUUUUGGACUCGCGUCGUGUGUCAGCAAGUGAACAAAGGGAAGCCGCAACACGAGGGGAAUUCAUGCGGGUGAGACGUCCGCCAGACGAAGUUGUGGAUGACCUGAACAGGUCACAGUUAUCCCAAACACAAUCUCGCAGACCGUUGCCUGUUGACUUUGCAGCGUUGGGCAAACACAAAGGUGCCUACGGUAAAAUCCAUUACAAGUAUACUGGCAAGCAUUCGGAAGGUAAUAGGUUUAUAGUGAAUAAUGAUUUGUGAACAAAUAUACAUAAUCAAACACUUUUAAAUAAUAUAGGUUUCUAAGAAGUUAAAAAUUAAAAAGGCUGAAUUAUACAACAUGUUAGGUUUUUUUAGUUUUCUUUAUUAUAUAUCAAAAUAUAUUUUAUUAGUUCAAGUAUUUUUAUAUUAGAUAUAUCUUGUAACUGUAUUAGAAAAUAUCUGGCACUCGAUGCUAAUCAAUAAAGUAUUUUACGCAUUAUCACGUUAGCGGGGUGACAAGGCACUAAAACCAUAGAAUGUAAUAGUAAAAUGUAGCUCUGUGUUUUAAAAAAUCAUUUCAGUCCUAACCAAGUAUCAAAUAUGAUUGAUUUAGAGUACAAAAAUUUCACUGAACCUAAUUCCUUUUAUACCGUCGGAUGUCACCCGCACCGCGUAAAAUAAAAACUGCACGGCGCAGCAACAUGUCGUAGAAAUCAAUUUACUUCCAUAGUCUGUUUUAAUGAAACUUAAUGAAAAGGUAACCACAUUUUGUUGAAAUUAUAAUAGAAACAUUAUCUAAAUAUAAUUUUUUUCAUGUUUAAUAACAAAACGAUCAAUCAAUUAAUCGAUAUUUCAUGUUUACUACUAUUGGGCAUCAACACAAACUACAAAAGACACAUUCAAUAUAUUUUUUUUUCUUCAACAGACUGUGUAGUAAUUUUAAAUGUUUGUCUUAUGAAAAUUGUGUACCAACAUUAAAAAUGUUUACCUUCAAGAUAUCUUUAAGAUAUUUAAAGAACUAUAUUUUGUUAUUGACAUGAAAGAAAAACCAUUUACUCGUAUUCUGAUGCAUCAUGCAUGCAACGUUUGCCAUUGGUUUAAUACCAAUUACCAUUACUAUGAUAAACUUUAUUGUGAACUGUGUGAAUAGAAAAAAAAAAAAACUAAAAAAGCUAAUUCUAAAAUUGGCACACGAAUAAGCAUUGCUCAAAAACACCGCUACUAUUAAAUUCUUCCCAUAAUCAAAACAAUAUAUCAAGCAAGGCCUUUGUCGUGUACUAACUAAUCCUGUAUUUAUAAAAUAAUACACAUUUCACUACCGUACACAUUUAAAUACAGCAGGAUUAUUUUUUAUAUGGCUUUAUAUAAUAGAAAAUAAUUAUCUUGCCUUGUUUUGCGCACACCCUGCCCUAUCAUCUACAUAAACAACCCCACACACGCUAAUAUAAAAAGAUUACUACAAUGAAAACGUCGCGGUCACGGAAUAUACCGCUUUUGUCGUCGUUUUUUAUAUAACCGUAUACAUUAUACAGAAUGAGAUCGAAAUCAUUAGCAUCCUUUUAAGGAAAUGCUUUAUCGGUGAAAAUGAACAUUUUCCCAAAGAAACGUGCAUAUAAAAAGACGAAAGAAUUCAAGCCUCCCAUAUUAACGCUACGCAUCUGUUGAUUACGAUCGAUUUUUCUUUGGGAAUAGUAUUUAUUUACAUUGGUAAAACACUUCCUUGUAUACUUCUGAAUUCUAUUUUUUUUUUCUAUCUCUAUAUUUUUAUAACAUAUAUAUGAGGUGACAAACAAAAAUACGGCCCGCCUGAUAGCAAACGGUUAUCGCAACCUAUGAACACCUGCAAUACUUUUCUAUUUUUUUUAUUUUUGAUAGAAUGGUAUCGCCGCCUGCGCUAUGGGUGGGUAUACGUUGGCGGGGCACAGAUAUAGAUGGUAGGUCAGAAUGGCAGCUGGUCAGGAAAAUUCUGGUCUGGUGAAGAAUUCCACAAAAAUUAACCACGAUGGUUUCCUGGGGAAACCGCAUGGAGGUUGACUUACUAGCUAUAUUGCUGGCAAUUGGGCUUUUAGACUCCAUUACCAACAAUCCCCUUCCUACUUACAAUACUAAAGGCAUUGCACGUACGUUUCCAACCCUGAAGAAACCUCUUUACCCCACUUUUGAAGAACCCCUACUGUAGUCUCUUGGGAAAACCCCAAUAGAUUUAUACUUUACUAGUACAUACGACAUAUCUGCAGAGUGAAACAUAAAAGUUAUAAUUUAUAACCGCUCGAAAUCCUACGACGAUUAAUAAAACUGAAAAACUUAUUUCGAGGAACAUGUAGAUAUAUCAAUAUAAUUUUUACCGCUCGACUUAAAUCGGUCACAUUACCGCGCAGUUUGCAUGAAGGAUCAAUUUCGUUUGUAUCCCACAUCGACCUUCGACUUUGCCCGGGUAAGUGAACCUGUUUUAUAAGUACUAACGACCAUCACCGGAUAUUGGAUUGGUAUUCUCUUUAUUACACCCUGUAUGUAUUUAUUAUUUUGUAAUAAUGAUGUUUAAACCAAACUUUAUGACAUUGGAAUAAGGUUUAGCUCGGCCAGAUUAUCCAUGAAAGGCGAGAAUUAAUAUAAUGUAGUAUACUUACCUACUUAUAACGACAUCUAAUCUUAAAAUCAUGUCUUUAUGAAAUUUAUUGUGAUUAAUAUUACACGUGGCAAUUGUUGAAUGAGGAAAAAUUGUUAUAGAAAAUGUUAUAAAAUAUGUAAACGAUCCUAAUAAUCUUAUGUUUGCAAAAAUUUGAAAAAUGCGUACAAUAAAAAGCAUCCCCGGUGGUACCAUAUGUAUUUAUUGGCAAUUUAGAGACAGGUGUUC